GGGGAGCGGGGGGGCACUCGGGCGCUGGGUACCCCUCCGGUAGGAGGGUCCGGGCACCGGGACGCCCCCCCCUCUUGCCAGACCCCCCCCCACACCCCCGGGGCCGCCCCUGACAUCACGGGGCGGCUCCAAUCGGCGCCCGUCGGUGCGGGGAGGGGGGGGAGGACGGACGGGGAGGGGGGGGCACGGGGAUUCGGGGGGUGUAGAUGGAGGCGGGGGGGCUCCGGUGGCCGCUCUGCCCCUGCCGCCUCCAUGCAGGGGAUGGGGACGCUGCGGCUGGGGAGCCGCGCCGUCAUGUACACGGCAGAGACCCUCCCCAAGGGCAAGAACCGGGUGAUGGGGACCAUCCAGAUCAUGACCGGCUUCAUGCACAUCGGCUUCGGGAUCGUCCUGACCACGCUCACCAACGUCUACACCUCGGUCUUCGUCAUCGGCGAGAUCCCCUUCCUGGGCGGCGUGUCCGUGCGUAGCGCGGGGAGGGGGCUGCCUGCCGUGCCCCCCCCCCAUAUGGGGACCGGGAUGGGGUCGGGGGGCAUGCCUGUGCUGUGGGGGCGUUGUGUGGGGCUGGGGGGGCAGCAGCUGACUGCCCCCUCUCUCCCGGUGCAGUUCAUCAUCUCGGGCUGCCUCUCCAUCGGGGCAGAGAAGAGCCCCACGGAGUGCGCGGUGAAAGGCAGCCAGGCCAUGAACGUCAUCAGCGCCAUCUUCGCGCUGCUGGGCAUCGUCGCCUUCAUCGUUGACCUCAACCUCAACGGGCUGUACCGCUCUGGCUUCGACUACUACAGCUACCUCGUCCUGCUCGCAGGGAACGGCAUCUCCAUCGUGCUGCUCAUCUUCACCAUCCUGGAGUUCUGCAUUGCUGUGGCCACCGCCAAUUUCUGGUGCCGGGCGACCCGCCUGAGCUCCAACGAGGCCAUGCUGAUCGUGCCCAGCGCCACACGGCCAGACUUGGCCGUGCCACCGGCAGAGCUGCCGCAGCCACCCAGCUACACCGAGCUGGUCGCCCCUGAAGUGUAGCCAGGCCCUGAGGAUGUCCCUGAGAGUGGCACCGGGUCCCCUGGUGCCCCCGAAGCCACCUGCAGCUGGUGCAUCCCCCUCUUGGUGGGCUGGGGCGUGCUGGUAGCCCCCAGCCCCACCGCUGAGCUUACCCCCUUCCCUCCUGCCUGCUGGUGACUCUCGGUUCACCCCUGCCCCUGGCUCGCCCUUAUGGGGGGCUGCUCUGGGGGCUCUGCGCUUUGUGGGGUGGGCAGGGCAUUGGGGCUGGGGGCCUGGACCCCCUGAGGGCAGCGGUGCCACUGCUGUCUUGGAGGCUGUGCAGCAGCCGGGCUCGUAUUGCUCCGGCUUUGUUGUGUCUUGGAAAUACUUGGAAAUAAAUGCUGAGGCCGGGCCUG